CUUUUAUCCCCCUCAACAGUUUGGGAAGGGCAGCGAUGACUCUGGCCUUGACCAGCCGGGAAGUGAAUAGGAAUUUUGAGGAUUUCAACAUUCUUUCCGUAUUUCUUACUUCAAGAUGAUGCACUUCCUGUUGCUGUUCAGUCGUCAGGGAAAGCUACGGCUGCAGAAAUGGUUCCUGCCCCUCCCCGAGAGAGAGAGGAAGAAGAUUGUGAAGGACAUGACCACUAUAGUGUUGUCACGAAAACCUCGCACGUGUAACUUCCUGCACUGGAAGGACCUGAAGGUUGUCUAUAAGAGGUACGCCAGUCUGUAUUUCUGCUGUGCAUUGGAGAACCAGGAUAAUGAACUUCUGGCUUUAGAGAUACUGCACCGUUACGUGGAGCUACUUGACAAAUACUUUGGCAAUGUAUGUGAGCUGGACAUCAUCUUUAACUUUGAGAAGGCUUAUUUCAUCCUGGAUGAGUUUCUGAUGGGUGGAGAGGUCCAAGAGACAUCCAAACAGUCUAUUGCAAAGUCUAUAGAGGCCUCAGAUAUGCUGCAAGAGACGAUGGAAGAAUACAUGAGCAAACCAGCCUUCUGACAGCAGCUGACGUGAUACAAUGUGACAAAAAGGAAAGAAACCUGCCUCCGCAGUGUGGAUUGUGUCCUUCACACAGGACACAGUUUUUCAUUGCAAGAAAUGACAGACUUCUUAAA